AUGGGGUUUGGAUUGCAUGGUGGGACUCACAUUCGCCCUGUUAACCUAUGGACAGAUGUCCAGGUGAUUAAAGUGUAUAGUGAAGAUGAUACUAGCAGAGCUUUGGAAGUGCCGAGUGAUGUAACAGCCAGGGAUGUAUGUCAGCUGUUGAUAUUGAAGAACCACUAUAUUGAUGACCACAGCUGGACUCUGUUUGAACAACUUACCCAUACAGGUUUAGCAAGAGCUAUAGAGGACCAUGAGUUAGUGAGGGAAGUCCAGUCAAAUUGGAUAAUGGAAGAGGAAAACAAACUGUAUUUUAGAAAAAAUUAUGCCAAGUAUGAAUUUUUUAAAAAUCCACUGAGCUUUUUUCCAGAGCAUAUGAUAUCUUUUCCAAGUGAGACCAAUGCAGCUGUGAGCCACUCUGAGAUAUUACAGAUGUUCCUAAGCUCCAGCACGUAUCCUGAGAUUCAUGGUUAUUUGCAUGCAAAGGAACAGGGGAGAAAAUCAUGGAAAAAAUUGUACUUUCUUUUGAGAAGGUCUGGCCUUUAUUUUUCCACUAAAGGUACAUCUAAGGAGCCAAGGCAUCUGCAGUUUUUCUGUGAAUUCAGCAAUAGUGAUAUGUACAUGUCUUUGACAGGCAAAAAGAUUUCUGGAGCACCAACCAACUAUGGAUUCUGCUUUAAGCCUAACAAAUCAGGAGGAACCAGAGACCUGAAACAGCUCUGUGCAGAUGAUGAACAAAGUAGGACCUGUUGGAUGACAGCAAUUAGGUUGCUUAAGUAUGGGAUGCAGCUGUAUCAGAAUUAUAUGCAACCAUAUCAAGGUAGAAGUGGCUGCAGCCCUUUAACACCCAUGAGAAGCAUUUCAGAAAAUUCUUUAGUAGCAAUGGAUUUCUCAGGACACAAAAGCAGAAUUAUAGAAAAUCCAACUGAAGCCCUUUCAGUUGCAGUCGAAGAAGGAUUAGCAUGGCGGAGGAGAGGGUGUCUACGACUCAACUCACAUGGUAGUCCUAUUGCCACGUCUAACAUGGCUAUACACAGAUCUCAGUCAUGGUUUCAUCAUAAAAUCUCUAGAGAAGAGGCUCAGAGACUUAUUUUGCAGCAUGGACUUGUAGAUGGGGUAUUCCUGGUACGUGAUAGCCAAAGUAACCCCAAAACAUUUGUUUUGUCAUUGAGUCAUGGAUUAAAAAUAAAGCAUUUCCAAAUUAUACCAUUGGAAGAUGAUGGGAAGUUAUUCUAUACCCUUGAUGAUGGUCAUACCAGAUUUACUGAUCUCAUCCAGCUAGUGGAAUUCUACCAACUUAAUAAAGGAGUACUGCCUUGCAAGUUAAAACACUAUUGUGCACGAAUUGCUCUUUAA